AUGAAGCUUGCAAAAGAAUGGUUGGAAGAGUGCAUAUCACCAACACACGCCGGAUGCCAGGGUUCCAUUGAGGCACGACUUCCUACUCGCGUGAUUUAUCUCGGGCUGGACGGCGAACACCCUAGACUCCUCGUCACCAAUGGCACCAGAGGCAAAUAUGUAACUUUAUCUCAUUGUUGGGGCAAAGUUUCUCCUUUGGUAACAACGAAAUCCACCUUGAAGAAGAGAAUAGCAGGUAUAUGUGUGGCCGAAUUGCCGAAAACUUUCCAGGACGCAAUUCUCGUUACGCACGGGCUGGGAUUCAGAUAUCUCUGGAUCGACUCUCUAUGCAUCGUUCAAGAUUCGAAAGAAGAUUGGGACAUUGAAUCUUCUCGGAUGCAAGAUGUUUAUGCUUGUGCGAUCUUCAAUAUCUCGGCUGAUGCUGCUCUUGACUCAACAUCAGGGCUCGGCACCCGGAGGCGGCUACCGCCUGGAAUAGCUGUGGGGAGUCCGAAAAAUGGAGAUUAUGUGCGCGUUGGACCGGAUGAAGAACAUUUAAAACACGUCCUCGACACACGGGCAUGGGUUCUCCAAGAACGCAUGCUCUCUCCACGAAUUUUACAUUUCUCCGAGUAUGAGAUGGCUUGGGAAUGUGAUACUUGCUGUCGAUGCGAAUGCACAGUUUCGAGCAGGAAGCCCAUGGCCAGAUCUUUUCGGACCAUAUUUGGAGAUACUCGCUCAUCUACUGAUGAAGUGCCUACUGCCUGGUUUGAGCUAAUCAGGCAAUAUUCCACAUUGAAUCUCACUUGUGAGUCUGACAGAUUUCCCGCAGUUGCUGGUCUAGCAUCCAGAGCCGCGAAAAUUUUCAACAAGACAUAUCUUGCCGGUCUCUGGAAGGAGACCCUGCCGUAUUGUCUCCUAUGGCACGUAAAGCGCUACUCCUCUUCAACUCGAUUAAAAGAGUACGUCCCAUCUUGGUCCUGGGCCUCAAUACACGGAGAAAUC